AUGGACACCGUUAAGCAGACAGAGGUUACGGCCACACAGGAAUCACCAGAUGCGACCCGGCAGCUACAUGGCCACACCGAUGCAGAACAGGAAGCGCUGGCACAGCGUGUCUUGCGCAAGAUCGACUGGCGCCUCAUACCUCUUAUGUUCAUCACGUACAAUCUGAAUUUCAUGGACAAGACCAUUCUGUCGUCUGCUGCUGUUUUUGGUUUGAGAGAAGACAAUGUCUGCUCGCACAUGUUUGACCUAUCUGUACUCAUAUCGACAACUCUCAGGUAUACACGCGACGAAAUACCAACCCGGACCGGAUAUUGGUUUGCCGGCAACUCGAUUGGUGGUCUUAUCGCGUCAUUCCUCGCCUUUGGUAUCGGCCAUAUCACAGACUCGCUUGCACCCUGGCAAUGGAUGUACAUCGUCCUCGGAGUCUUGACAUUCCUGUGGGCCAUCCCGUUGCUUAUCUUUCUCCCGGACAGCAUAGAAAAAGCCAGCUUUCUGACCGAAGAAGAGCGCAAAUUUGCCGCUGAUCGAGUCGUGAUUUCUGGAACAGGCCGCACCGCCCACGCCGGAUACAAAUUCGCCCAAGUCAUCGAGUGCUUGAUUGACCCAAAGACCUGGCUCAUUUUCAGCAUGAGCCUCCUGACUCAGAUUCCGAACGGUGGAACCCAAAAUUUCGGUAACAUCGUCCUCAAGAGCUUUGGCUUUACCAGCCUGCAGUCGACGCUCCUUGUCAUCCCCGCAUCUGUCAUCUCUGCAGGCACCAUUGCGGGCACGGGGUGGAUUGCAGGUCGCUUCCGCCAGUUGAACUGCAUUCUCAUCAUAUGCGUCGUGAUACCUGCCAUCGUAGGCAGCUCGCUAAUUUACGUCCGCCCUCGUACAUCUUCGGGCGUCCAGCUGUUCGGAUACUUUCUGCUAUCGACUGGCACUGGUGGAAUCCCAUUGCUAAUGUCUCUUGUGGGUGCCAACUACAAAGGUGUAACGAAGAAGAUGACCAUGACGGCACUUCUCUUCAUCGCCUAUUGUGCUGGAAACAUAGCCGGACCUCAAUUUUUCCGCACUAAGGACGCGCCUCACUACAACCUGGCGUUCCGAGCAAUUUUGGUGUGCUACAGUCUCGUCGUCGGAUUGGCCAUUGUUCUGAGAUGCUACCUGCAGUGGAUGAACGCAAAGAGGGAGAGCGAAGAGGGGGUCAAGGGAAGUGCGGGUGCUGGAGGAGUCGUUGCUGGUGGUAAGAUGGCGGAUGAGGACGAUAAGGGGACCGUAACGACUGCGCAGAUUGAAUUACGUGCCGAGGACUACGACGAUGUCACUGACUGGAAGACAUUCGGCUUUAGAUAUCGUUUAUAG